AUGUAUUGUUUUCAUAUGGCAUUUGCACAAUUCCGAAUAUUAUUUAAAAAGAAUUUUCUUCUUCGUCGUCGGCAACCGGUACUUUUUAUUUUUGAGCUUGUAUGGCCUUUAUUACUUUUUUCUAUUGUUGCUAUUGUUCGAAAAACUUCACCAACUCAAAAUCGACCAGCAUGUUAUUAUAAUCCUAUGCCUUUACCUAAUAGUGGUACAAUCGGUUUUCUUCAAAGUUUUUUGUGCAAUACAAAUAUUAGUUGUCGUUUAAAGCCCUUCGAUGUUCAAACAUCGUCGUUAAAAAAUUAUUUUCCAUCUGUUUAUGAUGGAAUACUUGGUUUAACAGAAACAGAAGGUGUAAAUACUGUUCUAUAUAAUUUACCUAAUUUAACACGUAGUGUUGAUCAUAUAAAUAAUGCAUUCAAUGAUACAUUUUUACAAAAAAUCUUAGAUGGAGAAUUUUUUAUGUAUGAUUUAUUUAAUAAUACAAAUGAAUUGAAAAAUAAUUUAUUAUUAACUGGAAUGCCAAAUGAUUUAAUUAAUGAUUUUUUAAAUGGUUCAUUUAAUUUAACAGAAAUUUAUGAUACAUUUAAUCAAACAAUUAAUUUAGAAUCAUUUUGUCGUAAUGAUUUUCUUAAUCAUCUUCUUACAGUUGAUAAUUUAACAAAUCCUGAUAUUGUUAUUCAAGCAUUAUGUCAAUUAAAUGUUCGAAAUCUUACAAAGGAUAUUAAUACAUUUCUUAGUCAACUUAAUUAUGAUAAAAUUAAUAAAUAUUUUGGUAAUAUUUCUCAAUUAAUCAAUGGACAAGAACUUAGAGAUAAAAUUCAAAAAUUAAAAGAUUUAGAAAAUACUAUUAAACAAUUAAGUUCAUAUGCAGAUUUAAUAAAAAAUAUGCCAAAUAUGACAGAAAUAGCACGAAUAAUUCCACGAUUAAUACAAAUUAUUGAACUUGUACAAAAUCAACGAGAUUUAAUACAACUUUUUGGUCAAAUCUUAGUUGACUUACAUAUCAUUACUGAAGAACGUAUUAUAUUACAAUUGUAUGAAAUUACUCAAAUGUUUGUUGAUUUUCUUCAACGUUAUGAUAAUAUGACUCAAACUUUAACAGCUGACCAAUUAUUUAAUAAUUUAACAUUAAAUAUAAUUUUACAAUCAGAUUUAACACUAUCAAAAGAAUUUGAAGGUUUAAUAUUAACGUCAAAAAUAAAUUAUCUUGUUUUAGCAGAUUUUCUUGUCGGAAAAAUAACUGAAACACCAAAACAUCGAUUAUUUUGUCUUCAACCUGGUUUUUGGACUUUAUUUAUUAUCGAUGAUACAACUUCAAAAAAUCUUAAAGAUCGUGUUGAUCGUUAUUGUGGUAUUCAUAAUAAUCUUGAUUCUGUUUAUAAUAAAUUAAUAAAUGGUAUUCGUAUUGACCAGUUACAAAAGUAUUUUACUGAUAUGCGUUUUUCAUUCAUGGCAUUUGAAGGUUUAGCAAAUAUAUUAUUUACAAUAAAUAAAGCAGGAUCAUUUGAAAAUGAUUUACGUUUAACACUUGAUAGUGUUUCAGCUGUUAGUGAAUUAUUAACAAGAACAAAAACAGCUGGAGUUAAUCUUUAUGCUUCAUAUAAUUUUGUUAAAAGAAUAACAAAAACAUUUAAUCCAAAUUUAUUAAAAACACCGAUAUUUAAUACACUUGAUAUAGUUAUACCAGUUUUAACACCAUUAUUUAAUUUGGAUCAAUUUAUUUCUUUAAUAGCUGGAGUUCCACGUGGAACUGUUGAUAAUGUUAUAAAUAAUAUUAAUAUAAUUAAUAAUUUUUUAACAACACCAGCUCCAACAAAAAUUAUGCGUUUAACAACAACGGCAAAUAUUUCAAAUAUAAGAACAACAACAAAACCUCGAUCAAGAGCUCGUUAUAUUGAUUGGUCAACACUUUUUCAAUCAAAUAAUUUUCUUCAACAAAAUAUGCCAAAAUCAUUUGUUAUUCCACAGAAUAUUGCCGAUUAUAGUCAAUGGGUCAAACGACAAAAACGACAACUUGAUCUAUUAUCUGGUUUUCUUGCUCAAACAAAAUCUCCAAAUUCUGCCGAUUCAACAUUGUUUGAUGUGCCUGAUUUUGUUAAAAUGUUCAAUAGAUUUUCUCCUGAAACACUUGAAUUUCUUUGUAUAGAACCAUUAGUUAAUUUAAUACCAAAUGAUCCUGUACUUAAUUAUAUAUUCGGUAUUACACGUGUAUUUGAAUUAAUUAAUACAUUUAUGUCAAUAAUAACAUCAACAAAUCGUAUACGUUGUUUACACAAUCCUAAUUAUGAUUAUGAUCAAAUAUCACAAUUUCUUCGUUUAAAUAAAACAGCUGGAUUGAUUCGUGAUCUUGUUAAAAAUGGUUUUCAAUCAAAAUUUAGUUGUUCAUUAGUAGUUGAUGUUGUUAAAAAUAUUCAAGUCUAUCAAGAUUUAGUUAAUAUUAUGCAACAUAAUACAAUAACACUUGAUACACUUGAAUGUUUAAAAGAAACAUUACUUCAAAUAUUUGAACGUUUAAAAAUUUUACCUGGCUUAUUUCGUUUUAUAUUCAGUGAUUCAUCAUUAAUUAAAUCAAUAAAACAAUUAAUGCCAUUAAUUCAAAUAUUUUCACCUAUGUUUUCUCAAGAAAGUUUUAAAUUUGUACAAUUAAAUGAUAUGAUUGAAAAUGCAAAUAAUUUUACAUUAUUUUUACAACAAAAACGAAAUAUAACAUCAUUUAAUCAAUGGUAUUUUAAUACGAGAUUAAAAUUUAAUGGUUUGAAUAUUGAACGUUUAAUUAAUGAAAUACCGAUGAUUAAAAAUGAUUUUGAAUUAUUAAGUAAUGAAAAUCAAUGGUUAAUGGGACUUAUUGAUGGAAUUAAUACAGAAGAAAUAUCACCAAAAGAGAUUUAUAUAUUAUUUAUGAAUUUUACAAGUCAUUUUCCAGAAUUUCAAAGAUUAGAAUCAAAUGUUUCACAUCUUAUUGAAAAAUAUUUUUGGGCUUUACCAAAUGAAUCAAUGCAGUAUUUGGUUUUAUCUAUUGUUGAUGGUCUUGAAAUUAUACAUAAUUUGACUAUUUUAUUACAAGAUAGUUUAAAAGGAUUACCUAUGAAAGAUAUAUUUAGAAAUUUUACAUUUAUUACUAAUAAACUAAUGCGAGACUAUGGCUUUUCUAAUUCAACAAUUGAACUUUUUAAACAAUCUCGUUUAUUCAAAGAUCCAGUGAUUUUAUUUAAUCUAUAUUCUGAAUAUCGGCAAACUGUAUGUGAUGUUAAUUUAUUAAAUAGAACAAUUUAUAAAGUUUGGCCAUAUUUACAAUUUAAUUCAAAUAUGAGUAUAGAAGAAUUAUCACAAUAUGCAUGUAAUAUGUCAUUAGAAAAUCAAAGUAAAGUUAUUAAUAUAAUAUUUAAACAUUUUCUUCUACCAGAUAAAUUACAAAUGUUUUAUAAAAGUGGUGGACAUCAUAUUGCUAAUUUAUUUAAUAUGGAUGAAAAAGAAGUUGAUGUUUUUAAACAAGUUGGUCCUAUUGUAAAAGAUGUUAAUGAAUUAUUAAAACGUGUUAAAAGAUUAAAUCAACAAAUUGAUUCAUCACAAAACCAAGAUCAAUUUACAAAAAUAACAAAUAUAUUUUGUGCUGAAAUUGAUAAACCAUCAAAUCCACAAAGACAAGUUGCUGAUGAAGAAAAUUUUUUUGAACAAAUUAAAGAUGUAUUAACAAAAACAAAUCAAUCCGAAUCAUCACGUCAACAAACUUCAGAAUCAAUUCAAGAAGAUGAUAGUGUUGAUUGUUCAGAUAUACGAAGAACUAUUGAACAAAGUAGUGAUGUUGGUUAUAUUGUUUGGCCAUUGAUUAAACCAUUACUUCUUGGAAAAAUUUUAUAUGCACCUGCAACACCAGUUUCUAAUGCAAUUAUUGCAAAGGUCAACAAAACCUUUGAAGAAUUAGAUAAAAUUCAUCAAUUUGCCAAAGCUUGGGUUAAAUCUUCACUUAAUUUAACAGUUUUAUUUGGUGAUCUACAAAAUACCAAUAAUAUUAAAAAAGUUUUAUCAAAUCGUUUAUUUCAAGAAUUAUUUAAUAAUAUAAUUGGAAUAAAUACAUUUGAUAUGGAAUCAAUAAUAUCAAUGUUACAAAAUUUUAGUGGUGGAACAAAUACUGAUGUUUUAAAAAAUAUUGAAAUGAUUAUGAAACAAUUUAGUGAUUAUUUACCAUGUAUUGAAUUAAAUCGUUUUGAAGCACUUCAAUCCGAAAAUGAACUUGUUGAACGUGCUAAAGAAUUACAUCGAAAUCGAAUGGUUAUUGCUGGAAUUGUUUUUACAAAUUUAAAUAGUUCAAAUCCAAAUGCUAAUUUUCUUCCACCACAUAUUCAAAUUAAAAUUCGUAUGGAUGUUGAUAGUGUACGAACAACAGAACAAUUAACAAGUUGGUUAUUUUUUCCUGGUCCAGAAAAUGAUUAUUUUCGUGAAAUGCAUUAUUUACGAGGAUUUGUACAAAUACAAGAUUUAAUUGAACGUGCUGUUAUUGAUUUACAUUUUGAAGAUAAUGGUAAAAUACCAACAAAUCCUGUUGUUUAUAUGCAAUUAAUGCCAUAUCCAUGUUAUCGUGGUGAUCCUGGAAAAGAAUCAUCGUAUGUUAAUUAUUUUAUUUUACCAAUUUUGGGAACAUUAAUGUGGACAGCAACAUUAGGUGUAUCAAUAAAAAAUUUAAUGCGUGAACGUGAAAGAAAUGUUGAACAAACAAUGAAAAUUAUGGGUCUUAAUUCAACUGUAAAUUUUAUUUCUUGGUUAAUUAGUUCAUAUAUACCAAUGUUUUUUGUAUCAAUUAUUGUUGCUGUUGUUCUUAAAUAUGGUGGAAUUUUUCCAGCAACAGAACUUACUGUAACAAUAACACCAUUACUUACUCUUGCUCUGUCAGCAUUAAUGCUUGGGUAUUUAAUUAGUGCUUUUUUUACCAAAGCAAAUUUAGCAACAUUAUGUGGCAUUUUAAUUUAUUUUAUUUCUUAUCUACCUUUUAUUCUUGUUAUGUUUCUCGAAGCUAAAAUGCAAUUAAUUCAUAAAAUAUUAAUUAAUUUAUCAAGUGCAACAGCAUUUGGUUAUGCAUCAAUAUAUUUAACACGUUUAGAAUAUCAAGGUGAAGGUAUUCAAUGGAAUACAGUUUUUAAAAAUAUAUUUCCUAAUGAUCAAAUGAAUUUCGGUAUUGCUUGUAUAAUGAUGUUAGUAGAUGCAAUUAUUUAUUGUCUUAUUGGUAAUUAUAUUCGUUCAGUAUUACCGGGUAAAAAUGCUCUUAGAAAACCAUUUUGGUAUCCAUGUUUACCAUCAACAUGGUGUUUUUGUAAGAAAUCAAAUCGUCAUGAUGGAUUAAAUUCAACAUUUCGUAGUCAACGUGAACAUGAACCAAAUCCAUUUACUGCUCGAAUGAAACAAAUCGAUCCAAAUAAUGAACAAGAACCGACAAAUUUACAAGUUGGUAUAUCAUUUGAAAAUUUAUCAAAACAAUUUGGAGAAAAUAAAAAGGCUGUUGAAAAUUUAUCAUUAAAACUUUAUGAAAAUCAAAUAACAGCUUUACUUGGACAUAAUGGUGCUGGAAAAACAACAACAAUUAGUGUUUUAACUGGAAUUUAUCCUCCAACAAAUGGUUCAGCAAGUAUUUAUGGACAAGAUAUAACAACAGACUAUGAUCAAAUAAGAAAAAAUGUUGGUUUAUGUCCACAAGAAGAUAUUCUAUUUGAUUUUAUGACUGUUCGAGAACAUCUACAAUUUUAUGGUCGUUUAAAAGGAAAUAUGAGUUCAAAAGAAUUAGAUAGAGAUAUAAAUGAACUUUUAAGUAGUAUGGGUUUAUGGAUAUUUCAACAUGAACCUGUUUCAUCAUUAUCUGGUGGUGUAAGACGACGUGUUGCUGUUAGUAUUGCAUUUGUAGCUGGUUCACGAACAGUUAUUCUUGAUGAACCAACAUCAGGUGUUGAUCCAUGUGCAAGAAGAAGUAUUUGGGAAGUUAUAUUUAAACAUAGAACUGGUAGAACGAUAUUAUUAACAACACAUUAUUUAGAUGAAGCUGAUACUUUAAGUGAUCGAAUUGCUAUUAUUCAUCAAGGUCGAUUAUUAUGUAGUGGUUCAUCAAUGUUCUUAAAAAAACGUUUUGGUAAAGGUUAUAGUUUAACAGUUGAUUUAAAACUUCGAGUACAAAAUAAAAUAAAAAUUGUUGAAAGUAAACAAUUCAAAGAUUUUAAUACAUUUAUAUUACAAGAAAUGCCUGAUGCAACAUUACGUGAACAUAUUGGUACUGAAGUAACAUAUUCAUUUAAACAUGAACAACGACAUAAAUUUGCACGAUUAUUUAAACAAAUUGAAAUUAAUAAAGAACGAUUAGCUGUAGGAAAUUAUGGUUUAUCAGAUACAACACUUGAAGAGGUUUUUCUAUGGGUAACAGAAUUAGCUGAUCAAGGAAAAAUGGAUGAUUUAAGUGAAAAUUCGACUGUACCAAAAAUUGUCGUUGAACAAGCACCUAUUUCAUCAUCUCAUAGUGAUGAUAGCGGUCUCGGUGGUGAAUCGAAUGCAACAAUGGAUGGUAUAUCAAUGAUAAGUGGAAGUAGUGCACAAUUACCAACAACAUCAAAUGCAACAUUAAAUCCUCCAACAGAAUAUGCUAGAAUACGUGGUCGUAAAUUAUAUUUUCAUCAAUUUCAAACAUUAUUAUUAAAACGUUUUCAUCAUACAAAACGUAAUUGGAAAGUUUUUCUUUCACAUAUUCUUCUUCCAUUAAUAUUUGUUGCUAUGUCAAUGGGUUUUACAUUAUUACGUCCAUCACAAAUUGUUCAACGACCAUGGUUAUUAACACCAGCUAUGUAUGAUCAAUCAGCAAUGUUUGUUAAGUAA